GCCUGUUUGCGUUUGCUUUCUGAGUGAACUACUCGAGCCAUGGCGCUGAUCUGGUCGAUCCUCAAAGUCCUUUGCCUGAACGCCACGCUCGUCCUCCUGGUGCUUACCUAUGAAUUCUACCACCUCAGGGAGUCAUUCAUCAGGUAUGCCCCCGCCCUGAGCGACCCCUCGCAGACCAUGCGCGCGGCGCAAUUCCGGGUGCCAGGGGAGCCCAAGGUGAUCCAAGUCGAGGUCAUCCCACGCCCGAAAUGCUGCGAGCCUACACAGGUGCUGAUCAAGACGGGCACGGGGGGAUUAAACCCCGUGGACUUCAAGAUGCGUCGCAACCCGCAGAUCUCGGCCACUCGCGCGCUGCCGGUGGUCAGUGGCUACGACUUCUCGGGCCAGGUGCAGCAGAUUGGGGAGAAGGUCUUAGGCUUUAAGCCCGGCGACACCGUCUAUGGCAUGUUGCCCUUACAAGGGCAAUCUUGGGGCGCUUUCCAAGAGUACAUCGUCACCAACUACUCCAUCAUCGCCCAUGUGCCCUCGAAGAUCUCUGCCCGGGAGGCCGCAGGUCUGCCUUUGGUGGGCCUCACCAGUCUGCAUGCCUUGGCGCCGGUGCUGCGCGCCUGGCAGCGAGAAGGCGACAGCAGCAAGGGCAAGAAGAUCCUGAUACACGCGGGGGCUGGAGGCGUGGGCUCAUUCGCAAUUCAGUACUGCAAGAAUGUGCUGGGAAUGUAUGUGGCAACUACUGCCAGCUCUGGCAAAGCCGACUUGGUGAAAAGUCUCGGAGCUGACGAAGUCGUGGACUACAAAACUACGAAGUUCGAAGAUGCCCUUCGAGGCUUCGACGUCGUGUUGGACACGGUGACUCAGGAAUACGAGGAGAGGACCCUCAGUUCCAAUGUACUGAAAGCAGGUGGGCACUACAUCAAUGUGCUCAGCAGUGAUUGGGAAGACAACACCAGGGAACAGAACCCGAUUUUCAUCGUGAAGCCGUUCCUGAGGAAGUGGGGCUACAGCCUGUUGGCAGACCUGCUCGGCGUGGGAGUACACUAUCACUGCGACCCCGUGCAACCAGAUGCACAAGGGCUGCGGUCCAUUGGCAGCUGGGUGGAUUCAGGCCUCAUCAAGCCUGUGGUGGACCGCUUCUUUGGACUCGAUCAAGUUGACAAAGCACAUGAGUACCUUGAGCAAGGCCACGCAACUGGCAAGGUGCUUAUAGAGAUCGGCACUAUCACGGAGUGAAGUGCCAAGUUCUCUUCUUAGUUGUGACCAAAGUAUUGCCCU